AUGCCGAUGAAACCUUUGGAGGUUGGAGUGUCCCAUCAGUUGGAGUGUACCCCCCAGUUGGAGUGUACCCCCCAGUUGGAGUGUCCCAUCAGUUGGAGUGUACCCCCCAGUUGGAGUGUCCCACCAGUUGGAGUGUCCCCCCCAGUUGGAGUGUCCCACCAGUUGGAGUGUCCCCCCAGUUGGAGUGUACCCCGCAGUUGGAGUGUCCCACCCAGUUGGAGUGUCCCCCCAGUUGGAGUGUCUCCCCCAGUUGGAGUGUACCCCGCAGUUGGAGUGUCCCACCCAGUUGGAGUGUCCCCCCAGUUGGAGUGUACCCCGCAGUUGGAGUGUCCCACCCAGUUGGAGUGUCCCACCAGUUGGAGUGUCCCAUCAGUUGGAGUGUCCCACCAGUUGGAGUGUACCCCCCAGUUGGAGAGUCUCCCCCAGUUGGAGUGUCCCAUCAGUUGGAGUGUCUCCCCCAGUUGGAGUGUCCCCCCAGUUGGAGUGUCCCACCAGUUGGAGUGUCCCCCCCCAGUUGGAGUGUCCCCCCCAGUUGGAGUGUCACCCCCAGUUGGAAUGCCCCCCCCAGUUGGAGUGUCCCACCAGUUGGAGUGUCACCCCCAGUUGGAGUGUCCCACCAGUUGGAGUGUCACCCCCAGUUGGAGUGUCCCCCCAGUUGGAGUGUCACCCCCAGUUGGAGUGUACCCCGCAGUUGGAGUGUCCCACCCAGUUGGAGUGUCCCCCCAGUUGGAGUGUACCCCGCAGUUGGAGUGUCCCACCAGUUGGAGUGUCCCCCCAGUUGGAGUUGGAGUGUCCCACCAGUUGGAGUGUCCACCCAGUUGGAGUGUUUCCCCCCCAGUUGGAGUGUUCCCCCCCCAGUUGUUCCCCCCAGUUGGAGUGUACCCCCCAGUUGGAGUGUCCCACCAGUUGGAGUGUCCCCCCCAGUUGGAGUGUCCCCCCCAGUUGGAGUUGGAGUGUCCCACCAGUUGGAGUGACCCCCCAGUUGGAGUGUCCCACCAGUUGGAGUGUUUCCCCCACAGUUGGAGUGUUCCCCCCCAGUUGUUCUCCCCAGUUGGAGUGUCCCCCCAGUUGGAGUGUCCCCCCAGUUGGAGUGUCACCCCAGUUGGAGUGUCCCCCAGUUGGAGUUUCCCCCCCCCCCAGUUGGAGUGUUCCCCCCCAGUUGUUACCCCCAGUUGGAGUGUCCCCCCCAGUUGGAGUGCCCCCCCAGUUGGAGUAUUCCCCCCCAGUUGGAGUGUUCCCCCCCCAGUUGGAGUGUCCCACCAGUUGGAGUGUACCCCCCCAGUUGUUAUCCCCAGUUGGAGUGUCCCCCCAGUUGGAGUGCCCCCCCAGUUGGAGUAUUCCCCCCCAGUUGGAGUGUUCCCCCCCAGUUUGAGUGUCCCACCAGUUGGAGUGUACCCCCCAGUUGGAGUGUCCCCCCCAGUUGGAGUGUUUCCCCCACAGUUGGAGUGUUCCCCCCCAGUUGUUCUCCCCAGUUGGAGUGUCCCCCCAGUUGGAGUGUCCCCCCCAGUUGGAGUGUUCCCCCCCAGUUGGAGUGUCACCCCAGUUGGAGUGUCCCCCAGUUGGAGUGCUCCCCCCAGUUGUUACCCCCAGUUGGAGUGUCCCCCCAGUUGGAGUGCCCCCCCAGUUGGAGUAUUCCCCCCAGUUGGAGUGUUCCCCCCCAGUUGGAGUGUCCCACCAGUUGGAGUGUACCCCCCAGUUGGAGUGUCCCACCAGUUGGAGUGUCCCCCCAGUUGGAGUGUUUCCCCCCCAGUUGGAGUGUUUCCCCCCCAGUUGGAGUGUUCCCCCCAGUUGGAGUGUCACCCCAGUUGGAGUGUUUCCCCCCAGUUGGAGUGUCCCCCCCAGUUGGAGUGUCCCCCCAGUUGGAGUGUCCCCCCAGUUGGAGUGUCCCACCAGUUGGAGUGUCCCCCCCAGUUGGAGUGUUCCCCCCCAGUUGGAGUGUCCCACCAGUUGGAGUGUCCCACCCAGUUGGAGUGUCCCACCAGUUGGAGUGUACCCCCCAGUUGGAGUGUCCCCCCAGUUGGAGUGUCCCCCCCAGUUGGAGUGUCCCCCCAGUUAGAGUGUCCCCCCCACCCCUGA